UGCAACCAUGCUUUUGCUGGGUGCAAUGGAUGUGCCCGAUCCUUUUACACUAUGCUAGUCUUUCCACUUUCUUAGAUUAGCGACAUCAACCCCACCACCCAACCACUUGCUUCCGAUAUGAUCUGUUUCACCUGCCCACCAAGUAGCACACAGAUUUAAGGUAGCCGGGAUUCUCGAAACAAAACAAGCAGAAGCAUAGAGGACGGAGCUACCCAUAGCACUGAUUAAUAUUAGAUCUCAUGGGGAACAUACACCAGGCCGGCGUCAAGAAAGAUGACCAUGGCGGCGGUGACAACCAGCAGCUACAGGUGGUCUCCGUUCUCGAGCUCCAGGCCGGCGUUGUGGAAGACCAGCCGCAGCCUCUCGGCGGAUGGCAUGCCGUCGAGGCAACCUCCAUGUUGGAAAAUUGCAAGGCAAACAGUACUGCUACAGAUGGAGGCACCAGCAGCAGGAUAGAUAUCCUCGGGCCUGCAACCGAACAGAAUAUCCCAAAACCCAGUGAUCCUCCUCAUCCAUGCCCGCCGCCACAGUCGCUGCCGGAGGGUGUGCAGUCCGUGCUCAAAACGUCACGGGUUAAUCGAAAGUGCAUUGGAGACGGUGAUGGCUUCACUGCUUAUGAGGAGAGGAUUGCAGGUGAUACAAACAUCCGAGAUCCACCGAAAUACAAAAUUAGAAUGAAGGGGAUUGAUGCACCGGAGCUGGAUAUGGAAUAUGGCAUGGAGUCAAAGGAUGAAUUGGUGAGGCUUAUUGGGGGGAAGCGUGUUUCGAUUCUUGUGUAUGGGCCAGACAAAUAUGGACGAUCUCUUGGUGACAUCUACUGUGACGGUGUCUUUAUCCAAGAACAAAUGCUGAAAGGGGUGGCAGAGAGAGGCGAAAAAGGCACGCCGAGGGCUUUGGUCGUUAGAUAAACCACAGAAACCAUGGAUUUGGAGGAGAGAUAAUCCACGCAUCGACAACAAGAAGGGGAAUGCAGAUGACAUUCAGGUAGAACCGCAGAACCAGGUCAAUGAGAGCAGUAUAGCUCUACCAUUGCUGAUAAUGAAAGAUAUGGAGGAUCUGGGUAGGAAAUGGAAAGGGAGUUUGGAAAAUUUUGUGUCUGAGAACAUGAAACUACACGAUCAGGUACAGGAGUUAAAGAGAGAUAAGAAGGAGGCUGAGGAACGUGCUAGGAAGGCAGAAAAAGAAAUGGAAAGUGCUGUGGCUGACAACAUGAAGCUGAAUGCUCAGCUUCAGGAAUCUGAAAUUAAUAAAAAGGAGGCCGAGGACCGAGUUUUACAGUUGGAUUUCUUCUCAGGAAGUGUUGCAGCUGUGAACAUGGAUUUGCACAAUAAGAUUGAGGUUUUAGAGAAUGAGAAUAAAAAGGCCGAGGACCGAGCAAAGGAGGCAGAAAGUGAAAUGGAGAGUGUUGUGGCUGAGAACAGGAAACUGAACGAUCAGCUCCAGGUAGUAGAGGGCCAAGCAGUGAAGCUGAAAUAUUUUUGUGAAAAGGUUGCAGGUGUAAACAUAGUUUUGCACCGUAAGCUGGAGGGUUCAGAGGAGAAGAAUAAAAUGUCCAAGGAGCAAGCCAAGGAGACAGAGAAGGAGAUGAAAAUUGUUCUGGAUGACAAUGUGAAACUAAGCGGUCAGAUUCAAAAAUUAAAUAUGUUAAAUAAAGAGAUUACCGCCUUUGCUAAUAAUAGUAAAAGGAAAUUGCAAAGUGUUCUAGCCGUAAACAUGGAUUUGGAUAAGAAGGGGGAGGAGGGAGCUACUUUGCCAAAUAAGGAAUUGGAAACCGUUGGAGUUGAAAACGUGAAGGGGAAAUUACAAGGCAUAAGUCACAAGAAGAGUGAACAAACUGUGGAGACCCCAUCGGCAACUCCAACCAAAGACUCUGGCGUGAAAAAACCCACUGUGUGGCGGAUAAAAACGACCGCAACGACAUCUUCGGCGCCUCCACCAAAGGGUCAUUAUGAAUAGACACAACUAUGUGUUGAAUUUAAGCUAUAUAUACAAGUUCAACGACGGCAUGUGUUGCUACAAAUUAAAAAAAACUAUAGAUUAUAUAAUCUAUAAUCACGUGGCAUUUUGUGUUUCACCCAAACAUAUUUCCUUUUGUUUUCUAUAAAUAAUAUAAUGACAUUUAAUUCUAUCA